ACGCCGAGCAGCCUGUGACGCGGCCGCCGCCCCCGGGCUGGUACUUCUCGGCGCGGCGAUUCCUCCGGCCGGGCCCCGCCGUCCCGCGUUCCCCGGAGCGCACGUCUCCGGGGGGGGAGGGAGCAGGGCUGGUGGGCGCCCGCGGCGCACAGCGGGACCCACGGGGCCCCGCGACCCGCCGAGCCUGGAGCCGGGCCGGGGCGGGGCAGCCGGCUCCAGCCCGGAGCAAACUUCGCCGCCGGGCGGGGCGUGGCGGGGACCCGGGCCCGAGCCGGAGGAGGGGGCGGCCGCGGCCCCUGCCUCUGCGCGCGAGUCGCCGGGCACCAUGCUGUCGGGCUCUCCGGGCCAGACUCCGCCGGCGCCGUUCCCCAGCCCGCCACCGCCCGCCCCGGCCCAGCCGCCGCCGCCGCCGUUCCCCCAGUUCCACGUCAAGUCGGGCCUGCAGAUCCGAAAGAACGCCAUCACCGAUGACUACAAGGUCACCAGCCAAGUGCUUGGCCUGGGCAUCAACGGGAAGGUGCUGCGGAUCUUUGACAAGAGAACCCAGCAAAAAUUCGCGCUAAAGAUGCUCCAGGACUGCCCGAAGGCACGCAGAGAGGUGGAGCUGCACUGGAGGGCCUCCCAGUGCCCGCACAUUGUGCACAUCGUGGAUGUCUAUGAGAACCUGUAUGCGGGGAGGAAGUGCCUGCUGAUCGUCAUGGAGUGUCUCGAUGGUGGAGAGCUCUUUAGUCGAAUCCAGGACCGAGGAGACCAGGCUUUCACAGAAAGAGAAGCGUCCGAGAUCAUGAAGAGCAUCGGCGAGGCCAUCCAGUACUUGCACUCUAUCAACAUCGCGCAUCGGGAUGUCAAGCCCGAGAACCUCUUAUAUACUUCCAAAAGGCCCAACGCCAUUCUGAAACUCACUGAUUUUGGCUUUGCCAAGGAAACCACCAGUCACAACUCUUUGACCACUCCGUGUUAUACACCAUACUAUGUGGCUCCGGAAGUACUGGGCCCAGAGAAGUAUGACAAGUCCUGUGACAUGUGGUCCUUGGGUGUCAUCAUGUAUAUUUUGCUGUGUGGGUAUCCGCCCUUCUAUUCCAAUCACGGCCUUGCCAUCUCUCCGGGCAUGAAGACUCGUAUUCGAAUGGGCCAGUAUGAAUUUCCUAACCCAGAAUGGUCAGAAGUAUCAGAAGAAGUGAAGAUGCUUAUCCGGAAUCUGCUGAAAACAGAGCCCACGCAGAGAAUGACCAUCACAGAGUUCAUGAACCACCCCUGGAUCAUGCAAUCUACGAAGGUCCCUCAGACUCCACUGCACACCAGCCGUGUCCUGAAGGAGGACAAGGAACGAUGGGAGGAUGUCAAGGAGGAGAUGACCAGUGCCCUGGCCACGAUGCGUGUCGACUACGAGCAGAUCAAGAUAAAGAAGAUAGAGGACGCGUCCAACCCUCUGCUUCUCAAGAGGCGGAAGAAGGCUCGCGCCGUGGAGGAUGCGGCCCUGGCCCACUGAGCCGCUGUCUCCCACCCCACUGGAAGACAAGCAAUAACUCUACAUGAAUAUAUUUUUUAGACAAAGAGACACAAGCUGCCCAAUGCUGCCUCCUGUUCUCUUGGGCUGCGUGGUGCCCAGAAAUGCCUCCGGCUUUAUUCUGCCCUUGGCUCUGGCUUCCCCCGAGACGGGGGGCAGGAGGAUGUGUGAGGGGUGAGGUGCUCCUGAGCCCGUGCUCCUUUCGCAUUUUAUCUGUAAUUUGGCGUAGAGUUUCUAUGGAACCUGUCCUUUUGUCCUUCCCCCACUCCUCAUUCCUUCCCCAGGUCCUUUCCCACCUGCAAAGGCUGAGGCUUACCCAGGGGUGUUGUGGAAGUUGUUACAGGAGAUGUUCCUAUGUCACCCCAUCUGUCCCUCCGACCUCCCACUGUAACAUGGGGUCCCCACCGGAGUUCCAGGGAGAAGGGAACGGAGUGGCAGUAGGUGCCACUUGCCUCCCGCUGAAGCCCUUAGACACCACCAGUGUGCACAACAGAGCAGCACACGUGUGUGUGUGCAUGUGUGUGCAUGUGUGUAUAUGCCUGGGUCCAUUGUAGCGACUGGACAUUGGAGGGUCUAGGGAAGGCAGGGCUCCUGGGGACUCCUGCUUGAACUGAGCCUGCCUAAAUGCCUAGGUAGAUUGUCUAGAUCCAGAGCCAGGUAAUCAUGGCCUCUGUGUUAGCUGGGCGGGGAGGCAGCGACGGGUAUGUGGGCACUGGCAGCCAACAGGAGGACUGGGUCCCCUCAGGACCCCUUUCCCUGCUGCUCCCAGAUCUCUGAGGCACUGAUCCACUGAGUCGCCUUUGCUUGCCCUUCUUGCCGUGAUUAACCCACCCUUGUUGAGUUCUCUGAAAUGUUUAGCCAUUUCUCAAUGGGCUGUCCGCUCCCACAGGUGAGCCCGGGAAGGUUAUACGCCUGCAAAGGCAGUCACAUUUCAGGCAUCUCCCCUGAUCUCCAGGGUGCCCGCCAACCUCCCCUGCAGGGGCAGGGCCACGUGUGGUCUUCCUGGAUUUCCACCACGUGGUCUGGUGGCUGGGACAGUCUUCGCACCAAAGAUGUCUUGACUCUGUCCCUGCCCACUAGCCACAUUACCCUCUAACUCCUCAUCCUGGGUGGGGGCUCCCCAGGGUUGAGGAGGAGCAGGUGGGGAAGAGUCUUUGUGCCAUGGUCCCCCAUGCCCCUCCUGCUGGAGGAGGGGCGUCUCCCUCAGGGGUUGGUGGAGGAGGGGCUCUUGGGCAUCUCUGGGCCUGGGGCAGGGCCCAGGUAUCUGCAGCUCCUCCCAUGUCUUUGAUGGUGUGUUCAGCACUCAGACUGUUGUAAACUGUUGUUUUGUAUGAGCAAAAUUGUCUUUACUAAACAAAUUUCAUAGUUGAAAGUA